GGUCUGUGUGAGUCAGGUUCGUUUUCAUUCGUCCUCUUGGGGGCGCUGAGUGUCUGCCGUGUCACGAUUGCCGAGUCACGGAUAGGAGUUAUUUAACAUGAACACAACUUACACAACAAGGACAACAGCCGUUAACAGCAUGAGUGUACAACAUUGAUGUUAGCGAUGACAGACGCCUGGCUCACACUGACUCUCACCAGUCCGACACGUUAUGAACUGUCGUUUGUGUUCAUGUUAAAGCUGUGUAUAGCCGACUGAGCUAGCUAACAGCUAACAGUUGUUAGUGGAUUUGCUAGCUUCCCUGGAGUAACGUUAGCCUCUGUUAUUGACAAGUGAGUGGGUCUCCAUCGUUGAAGUGACUGUGAAGUUGACGGCAACCAUCUGGCAAAUAAGCUGCAGCCAUGGUGUUUAUUCAGGGCUACUGUGAAGCCAAUUCCUCCAUCUCCCACACCUGGGUGGAUGAAGGCAUCUCCCCAUGCUUCUACUUCACACUGGUCCCCACCAUCCUGCUAACCAUCUCCUUCUUCCUUGGCACCAUCCACUGCAUAUUCUACCAGAAAUAUGGCACCGCAAUGGAACCCAAGUUCAUUCCACGCUCCUGCCUCUAUGGUUUCCAGCUAGCUAUCUCUGUCCUUCUCCUGAUCCAGUUUCUGGGUGGGAUGGUGUGGCGGGCGGCCAACGGAGGAGAGUUCCCAGGCUACGUGGUGUUAUAUGGCUGCUUCUCUGCGCUGGGCUGGGCUUGGGCUAUAGCCGUGCUCAGGGUGGAAAGACGCAGGGCCCUGCUGAUGGACCGGACAAGGGGCCACAGCAUAGCCCUGCUGCUGUUCUGGGCUGUGGCUUUCUCAGCUGAGAACUUGGCCUUCAUCUCCUGGUACAGUCCUCACUGGUGGUGGCGUGUGGAGAACAAUCAACAACAGGUGCAGUUAGCCCUGUGGCUGAUGCGCUACAUUGGCACUGGGCUGCUCUUCUUCAUUGGUCUCAAAGCUCCAGGGUUGCCCCGGAAACCCUACAUGCUACUGAUCAACGAAGAUGAGCGGGACGUUGAGAACAGCGGACAGAGCCUUCUGGGCAGAACAGAGGACAACCAGUCUACCUGGCAGGGUUUCAGGAAAAAGGUCUGCAUGCUUUUUCCCUACAUGUGGCCCCGGGGCAACAUCUUCCUCCAGCUACUGGUCCUCUUCUGUUUGAUCCUGCUGGGAGUCGAGAGAGUUAUUAACGUCUUUGUACCUAUUUACUACAAGAAUAUUGUGAAUGAACUGACUGAUGGCAGCAGAUGGAAUGCUCUGGUUACUACAGUGUGUAUUUAUGUCGUGCUGAAGUUAAUGCAAGGCGGCGGCGCAGGUGCCUCAGGUUUUAUCAGUAACGUGCGCUCCUUCCUGUGGAUCAAGGUUCAGCAGUUCACCAACCGCGUGGUUCAAGUGCGUCUGUUCAGCCACUUGCACGCCCUGUCCCUGCGCUGGCACCUGGGCCGCAAAACGGGCGAUGUGCUGAGAAGCAUCGACCGUGGCACCUCCUCCAUCAACAGCCUGCUCAGCUACAUAGUGUUCAGCAUCAUCCCGACCAUUGCUGAUAUUGUUAUUUCUAUUAUCUACUUUAUCACUUAUUUCAAUGCCUGGUUCGGCCUAAUCAUCUUCGUCUGCAUGGCCCUCUACCUCACUCUGACCAUCAUUAUCACUGAAUGGAGAACCAAGUACAGGCGAGACAUGAAUCAGCAGGACAACAAUGCCAAGUCCAGGGCUGUGGACUCCUUGUUAAACUUUGAGACGGUGAAAUACUACAAUGCAGAGAGUUAUGAAGUCAGCCGUUUCGAGGAUGCCAUCUUAAAAUAUCAGGUGUCCGAGUGGAAGACCCAGGCAUCCUUGGCCUUCCUCAACCAAACGCAGAACAUCAUCAUCGGAUUAGGCCUGCUGGCAGGCUCCCUGCUCUGUGCCUACUUUGUAACUGAAGGAAAGUUUCAGAUUGGAGAUUUUGUUCUCUUUGGUACCUACAUCAUCCAACUGUACACUCCCCUCAACUGGUUUGGAACCUACUACAGAAUGAUCCAGAAGUCUUUCAUUGACAUGGAAAGCAUGUUUGAACUUUUUGAAGAAGAGGAAGAGGUGAAAGAUGACGUAAAUGCAGGAAGUCUUCUAUUCAAACAGGGAAAGGUGGAGUUUGAGAAUGUUUACUUCAGCUACACAAACGGGAAGGAGAUACUCAGGGAUGUUUCCUUCACUGCACUUCCAGGACAGACCGUUGCCCUGGUGGGACCAUCAGGCUCUGGGAAGAGCACCAUCAUACGACUCCUCUUCCGUUUCUAUGACGUUCAGGGAGGCUGCAUUAGCAUCGAUGGGCAGGAUAUAUCAAAGGUGAAGCAGACAUCUCUGCGAUCUCACAUCGGCGUGGUUCCCCAGGAUACCGUGCUUUUCAACAACAACAUCCGGGAUAACAUCCGCUACGGCCGCAUCUCUGCUAGUGACCAGGAGGUGGAGGAGGCUGCUUUGGCUGCUGAUAUACAUGAUAAAAUCAUGACCUUCCCCGAAGGUUAUGAUACGCAGGUGGGUGAAAGAGGUCUGAAGCUGAGUGGAGGAGAGAAACAAAGGGUGGCUAUCGCCAGAACGAUCCUGAAAGCACCACAGAUCAUCCUGCUGGAUGAGGCCACAUCUGCUCUAGACACACAGACGGAACGCAACAUCCAGGCCUCGUUGGCUAAAGUCUGUGUCAACCGUACAACAGUCGUUGUAGCUCACAGGUUGUCCACCAUAAUUGGAGCAGAUCAGAUUCUGGUUAUCAGUGAUGGCCGGAUUGCUGAGCGAGGACGACAUGAGGAAUUGCUAGCCAAGGGAGGCUUGUAUUCAGACAUGUGGAUGAGGCAACAGCAGGCCCACGACUCCGAUUCCUCGUCAGACACGGAAACCAAAGACCGAACUUCAGAGAAACUGCAGCCGCCAUCAUCUUCUUCGGGCCACCACGGCCACUGAAUGUAUUUUGUUUUGUUUUGAAAGAGAACUUUCUUUUGUGCGAUGGCAGGUUAUGGAGAAAGGGGAAGCUUGCCUUAACCAGACUGAGGAGGCACGCACAAUCUUACUUUUUAUACCCCAAGGCAUUGGUUGUAAUAAUUAUGGUGAAGGUUUUGUAUGCAGGGAUGGGACAAAAAGAUCAAAUCAUUAGCACGUCAUAAAAACAGACCUCUGUUCUUUUUUCUCCAAACCUAUA